AUGGCCAGCGGACAGCGCCCUCUAUCAGAGAUCAGCCCUGUUGCCCCCCAGCGCAAUUCGCCUGGAACAAAGGUAUGCCGGCCCUCCAUCCCCCUUCCGCUGUCUCACACUCACGCGCCUCGCAAGGGGUCGUCGCCGUUUGACUCGUCUCCCCUGAACGCAUCUGCGUCGCCGCGUCUCUUCUGGCAGGGCCGCGAUCCGGCGUCCCCCUACCGCAUCAACUUUGAAAACAGGCACCCCUACGAGGGCUCUUCUCCCGCGCCGUCGGCCAAACGGUCGUCCAUUGAAAACCUGAAAAAGGCCUCGCGUGUGAAAAACAGCACCAUCUUUGCCCGCGAGCAAAAGAGCGAGUAUGAUCCCGCCCAGGUCCAGGUGCUUGAACGGCCCUUGGCCGGCGGAAGGCCCCUGAGCCAGCGCAGUUCAAACACCAGCACCAAUGCCAGUCCCGAUGCCCGGCGCCAGCUGCCGUCCCAGGCUGCGGCCGCCAGACCGAGCACGCAAGAGACCCCGUCUGCACAGGAAGCCGCAACGCCACGUCCAGCGCAGAAGAGCACCGCGGGCACACUCCAAGGAUCUCCGGCCAGGGCGCAGCCGCAGUCUCCCCCCAAAUCUUCUUUGAACAAGAAUGGCCGUUAUAGCGGCAGGUCGUUUGAUCCCCAUAGCGAAAUCUGGUCUGAUGACGAGUCCACCGCAAUCGACAAGUCGUUUGGAGAGGGCCGCAGCUUUCAUCGCCAGACCAAGAGCGUCACCUUUGACGCUGCGCCGCCCCAGAUCAACGAGUAUGAGAUGACAACGCCCGUUCCUUCGUCCGUCGCAUCCAGUUCGCGCGAGGGGAGCUACGAGUCAACCGAGAACGAAGAGAGUUUUGAAGCGAGCUUUUCCCUGCACGACGAUAGCUUCGAUGCCAGUCUUGAAGACACCGACAAGACACCCGUGAUGCUGCCCGAUCAAUGGGGUUAUGAGAGCCACGACGACACAAACGACGAUAUCUCGCAGAAUGAAUACGAUCCGUUUAGCCCAGACUAUGACACCCCCGAUCCAGAGGCACGGCCUCCCUCUUCCAAUGCCUCCAGUUCAUUCCGGUCGCGAAUCGAGUCGUUGGAUUCGAACGGAGAGUGUCGUCCGCUUCCCCCCCUGCCACUCGCAAAUCUACAGCGAAGCCCAGAUCACCAUCGCCGCCUCACCGCGACCCUGGAAAGGGCAAGCAGCGUGUCUCGACCAGCACCCUUGCGUCCGGCAUCGUGCAGCAAAGACGACCUCAGCGGCCUCGGACCAGGCUCGCUCUCCCUGGAGGAUCGGCUGCGCCUGAUGAUGACUCAAGAUAACGACCAUCAGGCCUCUGAAGCUGAAACUCAGCGUGAACGGAGGAUGCGUCGCGCAGGCAUCAAGGACAGAGGCCUCGAAAAGAACGACGAAAAGCUGGAGGACAGCAUCGUCAGCGAGCUCAGCGUGUCCCCUGACUGCUCCACCCCGCGCAUCUCUAGGGAUUCCAUCCUGCGAAACCUGAAGCGGGAAGAGCCCUUUGAUGAAGAAGUCAGCGGCAUCUCCUCGAUCCGCAGUGCCAGUCCACAUCGCCCGCUUCCCCUGGACCCGGAUACUCCCAUCCCUUCUCUCGAAAGUGACGAUGUGGCUGAGGAUGAUGUCCCGAUCAAAGAGGAGGAGGACGACCACGACGAGAUUGACCUCUAUACCAUUCCGGAAUAUCGAGACCAAGAGGGCGAAAAGGAUCGCGCAGAAUACGAUGAUGCCAUGCACGGUGACUAUGAUGAUGAAAGCCACUAUUCUCAGGCUUCGAGGGACGAGGACUCGCGCAUCGAGCAGUUUGAGGAUGCUGAACGCCAAUCCACCCCGGUUCCAAUGCAUAUCACACCGGAGCACACGGCUGACAACAGCGAGCACCACUUGCAGUCGAGGUCUCCCUCUGUUGACGACGACCACCAAUUCGACCUAGACCUGCUCUCCUACGUGGAUCGGUCAACGCCUCCCGUCGACGGCUCCGACGACGCUCCGCCCCCGCUUGACAUGGCGUCUAUUCGCGACUCCCUCAACAGACCAGAGACUCCAGAACAGAAUGCCGACCGGGCGGCAGCCAACGACGAACAUCAAGAAUGCCCCGACACCCCCGAGUCGGUUAUCAGGCACCCAGUUCCCGAAGAGGUCGUCGAAGAAGAACCAGCCCCAAUCAUCCCGGAUCCCGUGGCCACUGUCAAAGCACCUGGCGCCGGUCUCAAAACCAAGCCUUCACUGACCCCAGCAGAUGCCGAAUCGAUGGCAGCAGUUCGCCGCAAGUCUGAUCAACCGGCAUUCAACCCCAUGUCUGGAACCGAACAGCGACAGUCCUCCCUGGUCAAGCUCGAUAUUCCCGUCAGUGCCAGCGAUGAAGGUUUGGGAUUCGGCCUAGACGAAGAAUUCGAUCGUGUCAUUGAAGCUCAAAAGGUUGCGUUUGAACUCUCUCUUUCUCAGAUCCCUCCCUACAUGGACGUCCAAACCUCUGGCCAAAACAAAACUUGUGACAGGCUUGUGCACGGAGCCCACCAUGAUACCCCUUGCAAACGUAUAGAGAACAAAGCUGACAGCAGAUGGAUGAGACAGAGAGGUUACCUCAUGAGGCAAAACACAAAAGUCAUCGUUGCCAACGACGAUGCAAACUCCAAGUCCGCCAAAGGGCCGCCGCAGGUGGGUAGUACGCAGCGAAAGGCCAGCCAGCAGACCUGGACCACGGAGCCAUGGAAUCCAAAGGCUAGACGGCAAAGCAUCAAACUCGCCGGCGCUGCCAAAAAGAAAAUGGAGCCGGUGCCGCCCCUGCCAGGUCAAGAGAGCGUGGUGAACGAUCUUAUUUUUUCGCUGACGCUCGAUAAUGGACCUGCACUGUGUGACUACAUCCUGGCUCGAAACUGGAUAAAGCCGGACCAGCUCAAGCCAAAACCUCAGGUUGCUCCGCCGUCACCGCCCAAGGUGCCAAAGCCUCAAAAGACCUCGGCGUUCAGUCGGGUCUUUGCCUCCCCCAAGAAGAGACGGGAGAUGGAGUUGCGUCAACAGAUGGAAGCGCAGCAGCUGAAGCAAAAGACUGAAGAAAAAAUCCUGGCUGGACCUGAUCCCUGGGCCAAGGUCCGAAAUCUAGUCGCCAAGGACGGCAGCUUUGCGCGUGCAUACGUGUGUCUGGGAGACUAUGAGCAGCAUGCAUUUGGGCGGCCGCUGACGGUUGACGUUGCAUGUUUCAAUGAAUGGGCAGUUGACGAGAUCCCGGCCAGCACCAAUAACUCGAAAAACAAACGCAACACAGUAGCGCUAGGGGUCCAACGUCGACCGCCGUAUAGAGUCGGAAAUCUGGAACUGCAGCUCCUCUAUGUCCCAAAACCAAAGGGCGCGACGGAUGACGACAUGCCCAAGAGCAUGAAUGCUUGUGUUCGGGAGAUGAGAGAAGCGGACAGUAGUGCGAUGAGGAGCUGGGAAGGUUUUUUGUCUCAACAAGGAGGAGAUUGCCCGUAUUGGCGUCGCCGCUACUUCAAACUCCAAGGGUCCAAGUUGACUGCAUACCAUGAGACCACGCGACAACCACGAGCAACGAUCAAUCUUGCCAAAGCAUCCAAAUUGAUUGAUGAUCGCUCCAUCUUGACUCAAAAAGAAACGUCUGCCAAGGGCGGUGGACGACGCAAGUCAGCCUUUGCCGAAGAGGAAGAAGGAUACAUGUUUGUCGAAGAAGGGUUCCGCAUCCGCUUCGGCAACGGCGAGGUCAUUGACUUUUACGCCGAUAGCCGCGUCGAAAAGGAAGGGUGGAUGGGCGUUCUCGCCGAGACAGUCGGCAGAGGAUACGCUGCAGGAAACGGCCAGGUCAAGGCGUGGACGGAGCUGGUCCUGAGACGCGAGCGCAGCACCAAGGCAAAGCAUCCGCCGCGCGAGACGCCGGUGAGUGAACGGCCGAUGAGUGCGAGGAAUCCAAUGCCGCCUGCGCCGCCGACUCCGGCAAAGGAUACAAUGCCCAUGCACUCGUCGCGGCCACCGAUGGCGCCGCCGCCGCGGCCUCGACAUAAACAUCACCAGUCGCAGCCCACCGUGAGCUGGGACGAUGCGAGGAGACAGAAAUCGCGGUCGCUGAUUUUCUAG